UCUCUCUCUCUCUCACACCAUUUUCAACAUGAACACAUCAAUGGCAACUUCACCUCACACUAAUCUCCUCCAUAACACCAUUUUCAACAACCCCACCAAAUCAAAAACCAAUCUUUCCCCAUUUUCCUUCAAACCCAUCUCAAUCAAAUGCUCAACCCAAUCACAAACCACCCACAACACCCCUCUCCAAACCCAAUCACAAGAACGUGUCUUCAACUUCGCCGCCGGUCCCGCCACCUUACCGGAAAACGUCCUCCUCAAAGCCCAAUCACAGCUCUACAAUUGGAACAAAUCAGGCAUGAGUGUCAUGGAAAUGAGUCACAGAGGCAAAGAAUUUCUCUCCAUAAUCCAAAAAGCUGAAUCAGAUCUACGUACCCUUUUACAGAUCCCAUCUGAAUAUUCCGUUUUGUUUCUUCAAGGUGGUGCCACCACCCAAUUCGCGGCCGUGCCGUUAAAUCUCUGUAAUCCUCAAGAUACAGUUGAUUACAUUGUUACUGGUUCUUGGGGUGAUAAAGCUUUUAAGGAAGCACAAAAGUAUUGUAACCCUAAAGUUAUUUGGUCUGGGAAAUCUGAAAAGUAUACAAAGAUUCCAUCUUUUGAUGAUUUUGAACAAAACCCAGAUGCUAAAUUUUUGCAUAUUUGUGCUAAUGAAACAAUUCAUGGUGUUGAAUUUAAGGAUGUUAAUUACCCUAACCCUAAAAAUGGGAUUUUGAUUGCUGAUAUGUCUUCAAAUUUUUGUUCAAAGCCUGUUGAUGUGUCAAAAUUUGGGGUUAUUUAUGCUGGGGCACAGAAAAAUGUGGGUCCCUCAGGUGUAACAAUUGUGAUCAUAAGAAAAGAUUUGAUUGGUAAUGCUCAAAGUUUUACUCCUGUGAUGCUUGAUUAUAAGAUACAUGAUGAGAAUAAUUCACUUUAUAAUACACCACCUUGUUAUGGUAUUUACAUGUGUGGUUUGGUUUUUGAGGAUCUUUUGGAACAAGGUGGUUUGAAAGAGGUUGAAAAGAAUAAUAAGAAGAAAGCUGAGAUUUUGUUUGAUGCUAUUGAUGGAAGUAAUGGAUUUUAUAGGUGUCCUGUGGAGAAAUCUGUUAGAUCUUUGAUGAAUGUGCCUUUUACUUUGGAGAAACAAGAAUUGGAAAGUGAAUUUAUUAAGGAAGCUGCUAAGGAAAAGAUGGUUCAACUUAAGGGACAUAGGUCUGUUGGUGGUAUGAGAGCUUCUAUAUAUAAUGCUAUGCCUUUAGCUGGUGUUGAGAAGUUGGUUGCUUUCAUGAAGGAUUUUCAAGCUAAGCAUGGUUAAUGACUUUUUGGAUUAGCUUAUUUGAGUUUACUUAUUAGCAUAUGCACUUGUGAGGAUGUUUGGUCGAGCCUGCGAAAAUAGCUUAUGACAUGUCCAUAAGUUGUUUUCGGUUUAUUUUCUGGAUAGCUUAUGAAAAGUUAUAGCUUACUUGAAAACGGUUUGGAUUUAUUUUAUCUUUUGUUAUAAAAAUGGCUUGGCUUAUGAAUAAGCACUUAUAAACAAGGUUUUAUUAACCUAAUACAAUAACUUUUGUGUUAGUGUUUCUCUGCAAAUUAAAAUGGGUCUUUUUUUUUUUAGGUUUGUUUUCUUUGGUUUUCUACCUUGUCUUGUCUCCUUUUAAGAUUUAAGAACAAUAUUCUGUGGUAAAUUAUGUACAGACUACAAAUACCUUGAUAUACACUUGAAAGAAUGAGGGAUGGAUAGUUCUUGUGGAUAAGUAAACAUGGUGCUAGUUUGUGAAUUAAAGAAUGAGGGAAGGAUUAGCUUAUGAAAAA